UUUUUGUCAUCUGCUGGACGAUCUUAACUAGUUUAAACAUUUCACCAAAUCUUUGUAAAAGUUGUAAUGAUAAUUAGAACAUGUGUUGUUUUCAUUAAAAAGUUGUGCCUUUCUUCAAAAUGAGUGGAAUUACAUUGACGAAUCAGUUUUCCGGUUGUUUUGAAAUAUUUGCCAAAUUUAACACCAUAAAUGCAGACAAUUUCAAAUACGUUAAGACACAAUUUUAUAGAAAAGUUAUAAAAAACCAGACUUUUGAGACUACUUCUCAAAUAUCCAUUCAGAAUCAUAAAUAUCAAAGGGUGUCUAUUCCAAGGUUGUAUUAUAGAACACCAAAAUAUCAGCAGAAGGGAAUCAUUUUCAUUUGGCCUCAGAAAAGGAAAUUUUUUAGGUAUAAAGAACUCAUUUAUGUAGCGUGGUUAGCAUCACAUUUACUGUUUUGGUUAUACACCAUAAAUAUUUUGCCUAGUGGUGGCGUACUUCCCAUAGAGCAACCCCCGUGGAAUUUCGAACUUCCAAUAAGAAAACCCGACACCCGCGAUUACAUUAUCGAACCAGAUUGGAAUGUAAAUUAAGUUAUUUUUUUUUUAAUAAAUCUAAUGAUUUAUA